AAGCCCGCUUCAUGCGAGCGUAAAAAGAUCGCGAUGAGGCGCGUAGUGCGAUUCGUGUGCGCCCUGGCCCUACUGUUCGACAUGUGCCGCUCAGAAGCAUGUUACAGUUUUGAGGGAAUAUUGCGGGGUCUCAGACAUCCCGUAGGCAUUGUGCCCUUGUCCAAGCAGCAGCUGCUUGUCGGGGAGCACAGGGGCGUAAUCUUGCAAGUGCCACUAGGGGCUCCAGAGAACGCGCACGUGUUCUUGAACAUAACGAGUCAGGUGGCGACUUCGAAUGCGCCAGCGGACGAGCGCGGACUGCUGAGCUUCGUCUUGGACCCAGAUUUCGCCCACGAGAAGAGCGUCUACGUCUGUUACAGUGCCCCUUCGAAACAAACGGGCGUAGACCACGAAACCACUGUCUCCAGAUUUGCGGUAUCCGGCCACGGCAGCGCUCUGAAGGCGGUGGCCGAGGUGGUUCUGCUGCGCGUGGCCCAGCGCAACCACCGCUACAACGGUGGCCAUCUCCUGUUCGGCCCAGACCGGUGCCUGUACGUGACGACGGGAGACGACGCCAGUAACGGCAGCCACCGUUUUGACCUGUGA